AUGACUGUUGGGAGAGGUAUUGAGAGGGCUGGUGGUAUUGAGAGGACUGGUUCUGGGAGUGGUGUCGUUGGCAGAGGUUUAGUGCAACACAAAGGUCCAAGUUUAAUAUACUUUGGAAGUUUAGUGCAGCACAAAGGCCCACUCAAGCUAGUGCAAUCUCCACCUAUUCAGUCUACAAGGAAUGUGUACAGUGCAACAAGUGGGUGGUCCAGUUAG